CGCUAAAACGCAUCGUUGUAGUGCUCAAGUGCUCCAAGGUAAUUAGCCAGCAGGUGAAGAAAUAGUGAGUAAAUAUCAAUCAAAGUGUUUUUUAUUAAUACUGUUGAACAUCAAAAUGAGUGUAAAAAUUGAAAAUAUUGAAUCGGAAAAUCCAAAAAUAAUACAACCGCAGUACAGCGUCCAAAAUGUCUGCCCGCUUCAAACAAGCGCUACUGAAGCGCCUCUAUCAGGAGAAAAAGGAAAUGAUAGUGAUAGAAAAGAAGCAAACCAAGUGGGUGCAACAAAUGGGAAGAAGAAAAAACAUAGACGAGGUAAAUGUAAGAGAAAACCUAAUAAACCGUAUAAUAAAACAGCCUGGACCCAACGUAAGAAUGUCCAAAAAGAAAUGAUGAGAGUUCGUAGUGCCCGUGCUAAAAUAUUAGCCAUGGGGCACACAUUAGUUCCUUGUAACACAAACCAAUUUCUCAUGGAAGAUCAUGAUGUACCUCAACCAAGGAUUCCAUCUGCCAGAACUCGAGACUCUAGCUUUAGUGUCGAUUCUGAAGACAACUACUUCAUGUCUUUACCUGAAGAUGAGGAAGAUUUCCUAAUAAAAGAAUUUUCUAGUGUCUAUGAAGAUGCUCAAUGUGAGAGACUUAAUGCUAUGACUAAAAAUGAACUAAUUCAAGAAUGUAUUCUCAUGGAAUCUCGUCUAGAUCAUCUCACUAAAACUAUUAGAAAUGCAAAAUCUGAAAGAAUGCACAAACAAUCUGGUAAUGAGUGUGAUGCUGCAACAAGUGAGAAGCUACAAGAGCAGGCCGCUCGCAUUCAAGAAUUGCUCGCUGAGAAUUUAGAACUGAGACGUGAACGAGACUAUUUUGCAUCUGUUCAAAGAACUAUAUCUAGCACUAGUACAGACUCUGAAAGUGACAAAUACAAUUAUUGGGCUCUCAUAUUGAUGGUAUUUCCAUUCUUGACUCUCUUCGGUAAUGUGCUGGUGAUAAUGGCUGUAGCCCGCGAAAGAACUCUUCAAACGGUCACAAAUUAUUUUAUAGUUAGUCUGGCCCUCGCCGAUCUUCUCGUGGCUGUUGUCGUUAUGCCAUUUGCGGUUUAUGUUUUGUUUAAUGGCACGUGGGGCUUACCACCAUUCGUAUGCGACUUUUACAUAGCGAUGGACGUUAUAUGUUCUACUUCUUCUAUUUUCAAUUUGGUCGCCAUUUCUAUCGACAGAUAUAUCGCGGUGACCCAACCAAUAAAAUAUGCGAAGCACAAGAAUAAUAGACGUGUUUGGUUGACUAUACUUUUAGUAUGGGCCAUCAGCUCAGCUAUAGGAUCUCCAAUUGUUCUUGGGCUAAAUAAUACACCGGACAGACUACCAGAUCUGUGCUUAUUCUACAACAGCGAUUUUAUCAUUUAUUCAUCGUUAUCUUCCUUCUAUAUACCAUGCAUUAUAAUGGUGUUCUUGUAUUACAAUAUAUUUAAGGCUUUGCGUCUAAGAGCAUUGAAGCAUAGGGCAACAAAAAGACCACAUUAUAGCGAUUUGACGACUGCAACUGUAAUAGAAAAUGUUUCCCAAACUAGAAAGUUAGCAGAGACUGUUCUAGGUCCAUUGACUACUGCAGAUGAACGUCCAACAAAUACUGCCUCGGGAUCUAAUGAAGAAGAUGACGAUCAACUUGAGAGUUUCAGGUCAUCAGACGUGGACGAUUGUCAUAUUAUAGUUAACGAAAAGAAUGCGGAAUUUAUUCUUGCAACAGUUGUAGAAGAAGCCGGAUCAGUUGUGACUAAAUUGGCCACUCCGUCAGUAGCUGACGCUAAUGGAAACAAUGAUUCCGGUUAUGCCCCGAGUGGUGUAGAGUAUGUAUUACAUAAAGCCCCUGUCUCCCUUCCUGGAAGCCCAGCACGCAAAGUUCAAUUGCCAAGCACUACCGAAAAUCAAGAUCUAAAGCACUCAACACGUGGCCAUACUAGCGGAGAAGGCAGUGCCGGUUUAGAGAGGAAGUUAUCCGCUAAAUCUAGUACUGGCAGCAAAAAGGAACGAAAAAGUUCCACUGCAUCAAAAUUUACGAUAUAUAAAGUGAACAAAGCGUCCCGAAAAAAGAGAGAAAAAAAUUCAGCUAAAAAAGAACGAAAAGCUACUAAAACUCUGGCAAUUGUGUUGGGCGUGUUUCUUGUCUGUUGGGUACCAUUUUUCACAUGCAAUAUAAUGGAUGCUACAUGCACCAAAUUAAAUCUAGAUUGUCAACCAGGAGUGACUGCUUUCAUUCUAACAACUUGGCUUGGUUAUAUGAACAGUUUCGUAAAUCCUGUGAUAUACACAAUAUUUAAUCCUGAGUUCCGUAAAGCUUUUAAGAAGCUAAUGAAUAUCGGUACGUAA